ACUCCCACCCUUCCUUCCGCCAAACAACAAAACAAACCCUCCACCACACCUUCUUUCGCAAACAACUCAACAAGCUCUUCUACCGCUAUUCUCCUUUUUCUGCCUCACUCUCCAUAAUCAACACUGCUGCUAGCCACCCCUCUUCGCAUCAGCAGUCAAGCAACGCAACUGAACCCCGCAAAGGAGCAUCAUAGGUAGCCCGACAUAUCGUUGGAGCCUUGUCCCCAAGCAACUGAAUUACCCACCGCGCAACCACCACAAGCUUGACAAACCACCCCAUCCACCACAACACUACACAUGAUGACUGCCGCCGCCGUCCAGAACCCUCCGGUCGCGACCGAGUCCAAGUCGGCCAAGAAGAAAAAGGCCAAGCAGGGCACCGAGUCCCCCGCCCUCGCUACCUCUUCGACCCCAGACAAGCCCGCUUCUCUCGCUGCUGGCAACGAGCCGUCUCAGGAGGGCGACUCGUCCAACCCCCAUAUUCGUGAGAUCCAAAAGGCUAUCCGCAAUGUGUCCAAGAAGAUUACCAAUGCUUCCAAGAUCGACCACCUGGUAGCUGAGCACGGCAACAAGUCUCUUGAUGAGCUGGUGUCUCUCAAGAUCAUCAAUGCCGACCAAAAGGCCGCAUACCUCAAGAAGCCCGCCCUGCAGGCCCAGCUUUUCCAGCUUGACGAGCAGAUUGCUCUCCUCAGGAAGCUUGAUGCUGAGCACAAGAUCCGCCUGGCCGAGCAGGAGAAGGCCCUCGCCGACAAGUUUGCCCAGGAAAAGGCCGACCUUGUUGCCGAGCUCGAGAAGAAGGCCGAGGCCGAUGCCGACAAGAAGCUCCACGAUAGCUUGCUCCACCUCUCUCAGUUCCUCCGCCUCGCAGCUGCCCGUCGCGCUGAGGAUGCCGACAGCACUGCCGACGAGAAUAUGGCUCUCGAAGGUGUCCUGCUCCACAUCUACUCGGGCGACGAGAAUGCUGUCAAGAACAUGCUGAAGCUCGUCCAGGGUGCCGAGGAGCAGACUCGCAGCACUACUGGUGAGCUGCUCAAGACUACCUUUGCCCAGGUUAAGCAGGUCGCUAUUGCCUAUGCGGCUCCCUUCUCCCAGCCCGCCGCUGAGGAGCCCGUUGCCCAGACCACCGAGACCGAGACCGAGGCCCCCGCCGAAACCAAGCCCGCUGAGACCGAGGCUGUCGAGUCCAAGCAGGAACCCCAGACCGAUCUUACUGUUGCCAACGCUGGCCUUACCGAAAUCGACGAUGGUUCCGCUGUUGCUUUGACCAACGGAAACACCCAAGAGCAGCCUGCUACUGGCGGUGCCCCCGCCCAGACCGAUGCCGGCGACAGCACUGCCAACCCUGCUGCCGAGAGCGGCUGGGAUGCUUCUGGCUCGGCUGCUGCCUCUACCGACAUGACGGGCUCUCAGGAGUGGGUCGAGGUCCAGCGCGAUCCCGCUGAGACCGAGAAGGGCCUUGAGGCUACCCCUGCCGCGCCUUCCAACACCCAGUCGUGGGCUGACGAUCAUCCCGAGACUGCCGGUGCCCCUACUGGUGCUGAUGACGGCUUCCAGUCCGUCCAGGGCAAGCGUGGUCCUCAGCAGCAAGGCUACCGCGGCCGUGGUGGCUACCGUGGACGUGGCGAUGGACGUGGCCGUGGCCGUGGCCGUGGCGGUCCUCGUGGUGGUCGUGGAGGCCCUCGUCCUCCUCGCGCCGGUGGUGACGAGCAGCACUAGGAGUCUGGACGUCCCGAGCCUGUCGCGAUGGAGUCUGGCUGGCCUGUUGAAACUGAUUGGUCUGCCAAAUCCGGUUGGCCUGCGGAAUCUGGCUGGCCUGCUGAAUCUGGCUGGCCUGUUUGAGCUUAACUGUCUUUUUUUUUUUUUUUUUCCUCGGUUUGAUCUCGUCUGGCAUCUAUUUGUGUGAGCGUAUGCAUUUUUGCUCUGGGAUCUUGGGCGUUCUCAUGAUCAAAAAAGUUCAUAUUGCGCUAUAGCAUGGAUUUGCUUCAUUGGUCUGUAUUGUACAUUAAAAAUUGGGCAAGCGCAAAGGGGUUACGGAGAAACGGAUGACUAAAUGGUGGUUAACCUUGUUUUAUUUGUUACCCCCGGAAUACCUUGCAUGAUAACGACAGAAAGAAUUAAAGGAAGGGAGGAAGGGAGAGGCCGCGCCGCCGAAAUGGCGCAAGACAGGUGUGGAUGUACCAUAAUGAAGCUGAAGGAUGAAUUGACGAUGGAUCUGAUGAGGA